CCAAGUAGAGGCCUAGGGGCUCUGGCCAGAUCUAUGGGGGCUGCAAGCUGCGAGGAUGAGGAGCUGGAAUUUAAACUGGUGUUCGGGGAGGAGAAAGAGGCCCCCCCGUUGGGGCCGGGGGGACCUGGGCCUGGGGAAGAGUUGGACACAGAAGACUCCCCCUCUUGCUGCAGUCUGACCCUGGGUGAACCUCCUCCCUAUGGUGCCUCUCCUAUUGGCAUCCCUCGGCCCCCACCAUCUCGGCCAGGCAUGCACUCCCCACCCCCACGGCCAGCACCACCACCUGGUACCUGGGAGAGUCAGCCAGCCCGAUUGGUGAGGCUGGGGGGACCUGGUGGGGGACCUGGAGGGGCUGGAGGGGGCAGAAUCUUGGAGUGCCCAAGCAUUCGAAUCACCUCAAUCUCCCCCACACCUGAACCUCCACCCUCACUAGAGGAUGCCCCAGACAACUGGGGAGAUGGCUCUCCCCGUGAUUAUCCACCGCCUGAUGGCUUUGGAGGCUACCGAGAGGCUGGGGGUGCUGGCAGUGGAGGCUCCUUCUUUAGUCCCAGUCCUGGUAGCAGUAGUUUGUCCUCCUGGAGUUUCUUCUCAGAUGCCUCUGAUGAGGCAGCCCUAUAUGCUGCCUGUGAUGAAGUAGAGUCAGAACUGAAUGAGGCAGCUUCAAGAUUUGGCCUGGGAUCCCCACUGCCAUCACCCCGGGCCUCCCCUCGGCCUUGGACCCCUGAUGAUCCCUGGGGCGUAUAUGGUCCCAGUCCCGGAGGUCGGGGGCCUGAGGACAGCUGGCUGCUCCUUAGUGCCCCAGGCCCAGCCCCAGCCUCCCCCCGACCAGCCUCCCCUUGUGGCAAAAGGCGUUAUUCCAGCUCUGGCACACCAUCCUCAGCCUCCCCUGCCCUGUCCCGUCGAGGAAGUCUGGGGGAUGAAGGGCCUGAGCCAACUCCCCCACCACCACCACCCCUGGCCCGGGAUCCUGGCUCCCCUGGCCCCUUCGACUACGUAGGGGUCCCGCCAGCUGAGAGUAUCCCCCAGAAGACCCGGCGGACAUCCAGUGAACAGGCAGUGGCAUUACCCCGGCCAGAAGAGCCUGCUCCGUGCAAUGGGAAAUCUGUACCAGGUGGGGAGGAAGCUGUAGCCCCUCCUGGACCUCCUCGAAAAGAUGUACCUGGCAUGGACUACCUGGCUGUGCCCUCCCCACUGUCCUGGUCCAAGGCCCGCAUUGGGGGACAUAGCCCCAUCUUCAGGGCCUCAGCACUACCCCCCCUGGACUGGCCCCUGCCCAGCCAGUUUGAACAACUGGAGCUGAGAAUUGAAGUGCAACCCAGAGCCCAUCAUCGUGCCCACUAUGAGACAGAGGGCAGCAGAGGGGCUGUCAAAGCCACACCAGGGGGGCACCCUGUGGUCAAGCUACUAGGCUACAACGAGAAGCCACUAACUCUGCAGAUGUUCAUUGGUACAGCAGAUGAACGGAACUUGAGGCCCCAUGCCUUCUACCAAGUGCAUCGAAUCACUGGCAAGAUGGUGGCCACAGCUAGCUAUGAGGCUGUGGUCAGUGGUACUAAGGUGCUAGAGAUGACUCUGCUCCCUGAGAACAACAUGGCUGCCAACAUUGACUGCGCUGGAAUCUUGAAACUUCGGAACUCAGACAUAGAGCUGCGCAAAGGGGAGACAGACAUUGGACGCAAGAAUACAAGGGUCCGGCUAGUGUUCCGUGUACACGUGCCACAGGGUGGCGGGAAGGUCGUGUCGGUGCAGGUGGCUUCAGUGCCCAUUGAGUGCUCCCAGCGUUCAGCACAAGAACUACCCCAGGUAGAAGCCUAUAACCUGAGUGCCUGUUCUGUUCGAGGGGGUGAGGAGCUGGUACUGUCAGGAGCCAAUUUUUUGCCUGAUUCCAAGGUGGUUUUCAUUGAGAGGGGUCCUGAUGGAAAGCUGCAGUGGGAGGAGGAGGCCACUGUGAACAGGCUGAAAAGCAAUGAGGUGACAUUGACCUUGGCUGUGCCUGAGUAUAGCAAUAAACGAGUGUCCCGACCUGUCCAGGUCUAUUUCUAUGUCUCUAAUGGUAGGAGGAAAAGAAGUCCCACCCAGAGCUUCAAGUUUCUGCCUGUGAUCUUCAAAGAGGAGCCACUCCCAGAUUCAUCAAUCCGUGGUUUUGCUUCAGCUCCUGGCCCCCCAUUUGGUACCGACAUGGAUUUCUCACCACCCCGACCCCCUUAUUCUUCUUAUCCCCCUGAUGAUUCCUCCUAUGAACCCCCCUAUUUGUCUGAAGGGUUCAACUUUGGGACACCCCCUCUGUACCCCCAGACAGGCCCUCCUUCCUAUAGGCCUGGCCUGAGGCUGUUUCCAGAGCCUAGUGGGAGUCCUGGCUGCCCACGUCCUCCUCCCCCUAACAGCUUUCUUCCUAGACCUUUCCCUGCUGACCCCUAUGGAGGAGGUGGGACACCCUUCUCCCUGGGGCUGCCUUUCCCACCACCAGCUGCCUACCAACCCCCGAUGCCGUCCUCUCCUCAACCAGAGGGGCCCUUCUCACCCCAGGGUGCCCACCCUGCUGCUGAGGGGUAUGAUGAGGUGGGGUCAGGAUAUGGCGCAGGGGAAGGAGCCCCAGAACAGGAAAAAGACCGGGGCAGCUAUGGCAGUGGCUUCCGAGACAGCGUCCCCGUCCAGGGCAUCACGCUGGAAGAAGUGAGUGAGAUCAUUGGCCGAGACCUGAGUGGCUUCCCUGUGUCCCCUGGAGAAGAGCCUCCUGCCUGAUUUGUUGCUGUGGUGGUGUGCUCCACCUGCCCCCAAGCUCCCUCUGCCCGGACAGUGGCUCCUGCCCUCCCCUCCCUCACUCCCUCACUGCCCUUCCUCCUUCUUCCCCUUCCUUCCCCCCUAUAGUUUUGGGGUAGAGUCCUCCUCUGGUGCUGCUUCAUUCUACCUUUGGGUUCCUGGCCCCAACCUCUAGCCCAUGGUCUCACCCCACCAAAGUGGUGCUACAUAGGAAGCCCUGGGAGCAGUGAGGACAGGACUUGGUGUGGGAAGAG